ACUGCAGUGGCAGGAAUUGGAGGGGGAGGAUUUACUGUCCUUUUGCAAGACGACAGCCUCUGUGAAGCAAGAACAAUAUUGCAAAGGAAGGGGCGAGAGAAAGCGUCCUGCGUGAGUUCUAUUAUUGCUAUGCACUCCCGCGCUUACUUGUUGUUGGAAAGAGAGUAUCUGGAGUAUAAAGAAGCCAAUAUUUUUGGAAUCUUUGCUACUCCGAUAAAGGAUAAUUUGCUGGAAUGGCUAGUCGAAGUCCAGGGAUUAAAGGAUUCUCUCUGGGAAGGAGAAGCAGCCAGGGACCCUCAACUUACCACUGGUAGCAGGGUAUCCUCAGAACUCAGUGACUCCAUCAAGCACUUCCCACUUCGCAGGCUGUCUGCUGCUUAUGGGGCUGUUCUCCAGCUGUCAAUAAAAUACACUCAAGAAUACAAUAGUGUCCCUCCAACCAUUACGUUCAACACCAUUCCGUUCCAUCCCAAUGUGGAUCAGCACUCAGGAAGACCUUGUAUAGAUUUUCUAGACAAUCCUAAAGAGUGGAACGGAAAAUUAACGAUGAGUAGCAUUAUACUCGCUAUCCAGGUAAUGCUUUCUAAUCCAGAACUGGAAAAUGCAGUGAAUGUGGAAGCAGCAGAGAUGCUGAAAAACAACAUAUCCUUGUACAGACAAAUGGUUCUACGUUGUGUUAGAACUAGCCAACACUUAGAGGACCUUCCUAGCACUGGGGGAGAUUGUGCUUCUUCUCUGAAGUAUUUCUUGCCAUCUGAAGCAUCUUCUCAGGACCAUGUCAGAAGGACAACAACCAUUUCAUUUGAAGAUUACUACAGGACAUGGUCAGGAAUAGCCACAUCAAAAGCAGCAGAACAUUUCAAAGUUCCAUUGUUUGAAGAUCCAGCAUUUAUAGGGAACUAUUAUGACCGGAAGGCAAAAAAUGUGACAGGAACAGGAGAAUGGGAUGAGGAUACAUACAAAGCUAUUGUCUCUCGGCUCAUCAGAAAGCAAAAUCAACAAACAAUAGAUGAGAAACUGUUAGCAAUUAGGAAAAUAGAACAGGAAAACAGUUUGUUCUCCCAAGCUCCAGAUAUGCCUGGUCUAGUACCGAAAAAUCAAGCAGCCGGUAAAGAGAGACCCCACAGCAAAGAAGAAGAGCUAUGGGAAAGAGAGGUGGACAAUCUAGUAGCUUGGACUAACACCCUUUCUACCAAAGGAUUAGAAGAUUAAACUGUGAGAUCACACAUACAGAUACAGAAACACUUUUCUCUCGCUAUUUAUCAAAAGACUUCUGUACAGUUCUGAAGAGGCAAACCUUCAGUUCUCAUUUACUCUUUAUUCAGGCAAAUUCCUAACAGCUUCAAUGAGAAGAUGAGUAAAAACUGGGCAGAAAUAUCAGCUUCACCUGUGUGAACUGGUUUUUUCACUGAUACUUAUGCUACCACAUUGUCUUCAGUAGAUUUGCUGUGGAGUUACCAGUUGGAUUAUACUACAUAUAUCUCUGUUGGUGCUGCACAAGAUGGAAUAGAAUCUGCAGUGCACUUUCUCUUAUGUGCAUUCAUUCUACAGGACUUAAAGGAGUAAAAAAAAGUGUUGAUCAUUACAGACAGCAGUUCUGAACUCUGUGGAUUUUUGGAGGCAGAUCUGUUAAGAAGGGGCCAUUUCUCCAGAGUCAUUUUUAUAGUGAAACCAAACUUUAAGGUUCUGUCUUUAAGCACUCAAAAACCAGAAAGUGGCCAAGCUAAUGUUGCUUUUGUAGAAUUAACUCGACCUUUCGUGCUUAUAGAUUAUAAUGUAGUUUUUAAUGUACAUGAUCCCUGAACCAAUGUUAACUGGGAAAGGGAUUAAUGUGUCUCUUAUCGGAAACUUUCUGGUUUAUCCAUAGUGGCCUUAUAUAGGUUAUAAAGGCAGCUCAGUGUAGACCUACUGGUGGUGAACAAUCUGGUAUACACACACAGUAUGUGAAAGCACUCAUAAAGGAAAAUAUAAGGCCUCUGUCCUGCAUCCAUGUUACCCAGACUUCAAGACCCGAUCAAAUUCUCGUAUUUAGAUCAGCAGGGACUUUGUUGGUUAGGGACUACCAAAUCAGGUCCAUAAAAGGAAAUAGUUUUUGGUGGUGCUUACAAAAGGGGUAGAUUGUAAGCUCCCUGCACCGGGGAUUGUCCUUUUGAUCUGUGUCUGGAUGAUGGCUAGUACCUGGGUUUUCCAGGCACUAUUAUAAUUUACAUGGUAAUAGUGGUGCACUGUGUGUUUGGGGGAACCCUGAGCCAGAGAAGACGGGUAAGGCAUACAGAUGAUAUUCUGUGGUGGAAUCAAUUAGAAAUGUCAGUUCUUUGGUAAAAUUUGAAAAAUAUUUAGAAUCUAGUAGUACAGCUUCUCAUCUGUACAAAGAGGAUAACCAACUUCCCCCCUCACAGGAGUGUUGUGAGGGUAAAUACAUGAGGUACUGUUAAAAGCUUAGCUACAGGGUGGCAGGUAUACUCGGCAGGAGAAGGCACUGCCAUCCUGGCCCUGCCAAGACUCCGCCCCCAGAAUGCCACGCACUGCCCAUGCUCAGCUACUACAAUGAUAGGGAGCUGUGGUAAGAAAGAUAAGCCCCAUGUUGGCAACGAAAGGGCUAAUGAGAGCCUGGGGAGCCAAUGAGACCCAACCCAGUACACUGGCAGCAAAUGUGAAAUAUGGAAAGGGGUGUUAAAAAGAGGAGACCUGGUGUGCUCAGAUCUGCUUCUCCUGAUGUGAGAGAAGCCUGGAUGCAGCCCAAAGACUGUGUCAGUCAGACAAGCCCCAUAAGAAGGGAUGACGAGAUGCUGGCAGAUCAGCUGAAAUACGGACUGCUUGAAGACAAGUCCUGAAUAGAAGAGAGGGUCCCACUGAAUAUUCAGCGGAUGACUCUGUUUUGAGCUGUGGUUUCUUAUUUCUGAUUUUAUUUGUUUUUUAACCUCAGCAGUCUGGAAGGGUAAGACUGAGCUGGAAGGACAGCUGACCUACAAUCAACUACUUGUGGCUGCAUGAGUCAUGUCCUGAUGGGCACACCCGGUCACAGGGGCCUUACAAGUGCCUAAAAUAGCUAGAUAGUGCAGUGAACUGAGACAUAGAUGACCUGGGAUAUCUUCCUGUUUCUGCUGCUAACCUGUUGCAUACUAUGGACAAUUCCCCUCUUGGAGUCUUUGUUUCCUGUGCCAGCCUCUUUUGUUUGCCUUUUCUAUUAUGAUUGCAAGCUCUUUGGGGGUAGGGUCUGUGUCUCCCUAUGUGUUUCUACAGUACCUACCCCAAAUGGGCUCUGAUUUCAUUUGUAGUCUCUACAUAGCUCCAAAAACGCCAUUAAAACUUAAAAGAAAAUGUUUAUUCCAAGACAAAAUAACAGACAUUUGGAACUCUUCAAUGACUUUCAUAAACUGUUUUAAGCUUUCUUUAGAAGAGCUAACAUAUUUGUUUAGUGCAUUUUAUAUCCUAUUUUCUUAAGCAGUUUUGUAAGAUCUGAGAUCACCCAACUUAAACGGGGAACAUAGCUGUGGGAGGAACAAAGUUUUAAGCUGUGCAGACCUAUACAUUCACAUCUGGAAUGAUUUAUAAACUCUUUUGCCGAAAAUGAUAUAAAUAUUUCCAUGUGCUGUAGUCAAGGGACAAGGAAUAGUCCUCAAAAAGUAUUAGUCCCAGCAGACUUGCAUGUGAGAAGAGAGGAAGGUCACUGCAGCACUGAUGUUGACAAUAUCUUUUCAUAGUCUGUUCGUAGCAAAGGGUGAUGGGACUGUGUGAUGCAAAACUGUAGUUAAAAUUUCAAUUUGUGAAUGCACGUAUUAUUUUAAUCCUGUCAAACGUAUUUGGAAAAAUGAUCUCCAGCUACAGUUGCCUUCUAUAAUCUUCAAUACAAAUCCAGUCCCAAUGAUUCCAGCUUACAAAGUGUCAGGGCUCUGCAUUACAAGUUUGACAAGUCCCUUAAAUUUUGGAUCAGAUUUUUAUUUGCUGUUGUGAAUGAUCUUUGUUUCAUAUGCCAUAUGUUGUAAAGGAGAUGUUCUCCCUGCAAUGCAUGUGUGCAAUGUUAUGUGCUCAAAUAAAGUCUUUCUGGGGGAGUGAGUGGUAAUGAGACACCUAAUUAGUUGUGCAUAAAGAGAGAAACUUGUUAAUUUAGUGGGUUGUCUGCAAGGAUUAGAUGCAAAUCAUCUAGUAAUAUGCUUUGGACACAAUUCUGAUCAUGCAUGCAUUGACUUUGCACCAAUGUAAUCCUAGUAGAAUUACUUCAGAUUUACACUGGUAUAAGUAUAACCAGAAUAGGGCCUUAUUGUUUUGCUUUUUGUUUUUGUUUUUUGUUUGUAAAGCAUGGUAUCCUCUAGAUGGCGAUACACUCUU